UCUCUCUCUCUCUCUCAGAAGGGAAGCUAGGCGACAGGUUUAUUUAGCCAGAGGGGAAGCAGAUAAGAAAAGAUUUGCCAAUGUUCUGCGCCGUGAGGACCAAAGACUUGAGGUGUGAUUGAUUUGAAGAUUCCUGUAAAACGAUGACCUCACUUGAUAAACCUACUCCCGGGAUUCUACAUUACGCGACGCCCUGUUUUCUCAGUGAAACCAUAAGCAGUCGAGCUGGAUUUAAGGUUUAUCUUAAAUUGGAGAACUUACAACCAAGCGGUUCCUUUAAGAUACGUGGUAUUGGUAACUUUUGUCAAAAGGCAAAACAGAGAGGUGCUACGAAGUUUUCUUGUUCUUCAGGUGGAAAUGCUGGCCUGGCAGCAGCUCUUGCCGCCAGAAAGUUAGGGCUUCCUCUUUUCAUAGUCGUUCCUGAGACAUGCCCAUCAUUUAUUCAAGAGGACUUGAGAAAACAGGGUGCACAAGUUGAAGUAUUCGGUAGCUGUUUUGAUGAAGCUAAUGAACGAGCUCUGACAAAAGCAGAGAAAGAAGGCCUUGUCCACAUUCACCCAUUUGAUCACCCUGAUAUUUGGGAGGGACACAGUUCUAUGAUAAUGGAAUGUGAACAGCAGCUAGAAUCCAAGCCAGACGUAGUGGUGACAUGUGUUGGCGGUGGUGGCCUUCUGAAUGGGAUAUUAGAUGGUUUGAAAAAUGUCGGUUGGGAUGAUCUCCCAGUUAUUGCAAUGGAAACAAUAGGCGCUGAUUGUUUUAACAAGGCUGUUGAAAAAGGAAGUUUGGUGACCUUACCAGCAAUUACCAGUAUUGCGAAAUGUCUGGGAGCACUUACAGUUAGCAAGAGAACUUUUGAAUGCACCAAAAUGUUCAACAUUUUAUCAGAGGUGGUGGAAGACAAAGAAGCAGUGAGGGCCUGCCUAAAUUUUGCUGAUGACGAAAAAAUGAUCGUAGAACCAUCCUGUGGUGCCACACUUGCUGCUGUAUACAGUGGUGUUAUCCAGAAACUACUACAAGAGAAGAAACUGAGAGACAUAAGAUCAGCUCUGGUGAUUGUUUGUGGAGGCAAAAUGGUGAAUUUGGAACUUCUACAGAACUGGAAACUUCAGUUUGGUUUGUGAGCGUGACAGGCGUAUGUUCAUAUAUGUUUGUAGGGUUUGUAAAUUUUCCUCAAUAAAAUAAGUGUCAUCUGUAUAUUGUAUAGAUUUUUGGCUAAUAAAUAUCUCUGUAGAAA